CAGAUUGCCUGAUGGAUGGACCCCUUCUCAAGGCCAAGAGGGCAGAGGAGCAAGGGGAGGAAGAGGCAGAGGUCGUGGAGGCCGUGGUGGCCGUGUAGGUGAAGCGGCAAGCAUGAAAGGUGGAGACUACGACAAGGACUCGAGUGAAGAUCGAUACCCGGGCCAAUUCUUCUUUGUCUCCACGCAAGCGGCAGCUGCAGCAGGAGGUGUGGAUGGCUUUAAGGAGCCAGCUACUGUGGGAAAGGUCACCCUUCACUCUCUGGACUUUUGGGUGAUCGAUAGCGGCGCCACCUAUAGCAUGACACCUCGUGCGGACUUGCUCACCGAACUCGAACCGUCGCCGGUCAAGCAUGUUAUAUCGGCUUUGGGGCAGCGAGCAGAGGUGAAAGGCAUGGGCAAGGCCAUGUUCAAGGGUGCUGAUGGGAAGAUGGUGGGCCUCAAGAACGUGCUUUGGGUGCCCAAUCUAGCAGCCAACCUGAUCUCUGUUCGGCUUUUGCAAAAGGCCAGCAUGGACACAUCUUCCAAGGGCUCCAAAACAUAUACCGCGCGGCUUGGUGAGCGGAAGCUUUGGGACCUUCAUGAGGACAGGGACAUCUACAAUGAGAUGUGGCAAAUCCCAGUGGUCCCCAUGCCUAAGGAGAGGCAAGUGGCAGCAAGCAUCAGCACCAAGAUUGAAGCGGUUGGUGGGGUUGAUCACGGAAAGCAAAGUGACACCAAGAGCGAUGAUGCGGAAGAUGAAAGCGAGGAGUGCGCCUUUGCCUUCUUCUCUCCGGUGGAGAUGCCGGGGGAGCCUACAAAUCCCAAUGAGGCUUGGGAGGGCCCCAAUGGGAAGGAGUGGAAGAAGGCCUCAGAUGAAGAAAUGGGGAGCAUCAUAGAGAAUGACACAUUUGACUUGGGGGAGCAGAGGAGCUUCAUGGUGGUUUAUGUGGAUGACAUCCUCAUAUUCUCACCCUCCUCUGACCUUGUGAAGGAGGUGAUGCUGAAGUUUCAAGACAAGUUCAAGUGCAAGACCCUAGGUGACGUCAACUACUUCCUUGGGCUUCACAUUGAGCGAGAUGUGGAGAAGCGGUGGAUGCGAGUGCAUCAAAAGAAGUACUUGGAGGCAUUGGCUGCAAACUUUGGGAAGAGUGAAGGUCAUGUGGCUACUCCUCUUCCCUCAGGGUUCAAGUGUGUGAAAGGACCAGCGGAGGAAAGUGUUGGUGAAGAGGAGAGGCGCCGUUUUCAUUCCUUGGUGGGCAGCCUCAUGUAUGCCGCCGUUCACACAAGGCCGGAUGCAGCCUUUGCUACCGGGCAGCUGGCUAGGGUUGUCCAAUGCCCUACUGAAGAGCAGGUAGCAGCUGGAGAGAGGGUGGCCAAGUACCUUGGCCAAACAGCAACUGUUGGACUGCAAUACUCCGCGGCGGCACAAAGGCGUCAAAAGGGUGCGGAUGGAGUCGAACCCGGGAGGCUCUUUCUCACCGCCUUCUCUGAUGCAUCUUGGGCAUCAAAACCAGAGGAUAUGACAAGUGUGAGAGGCUUCAUCUGCUCUGUUGGUGGAGGCCCAACAGCUUGGGAGAGCAAGAAACAAGUGGACCAAGCAUUGAGCUCGGUGGAGUCCGAGUACAUGGCACUCUUCCGUGCCAUAAGAGAGGUUGUGUGGCCGCGGCGUUUGCUAGCUGAAUUGGGGGAGGAGCAGCAAGGACCUACCCCACUCUACUGUGAUAGCCAGGGUGCUAUUGCAUUGGCAAAUAACCCCGUUCUUCAUGGCCUUACCAAGCACAUGAAGGUGAAAUGGCAUUGGGUGAGGAGCAUGGUAACCGCGGGUGAAGUGGAGUUGCACUACGUGAAGACGACGGCGCAGCCUGCUGAUAUGAUGACUAAGUGGCUGGUUGAGCAGCAGCAUUGGAAGUGUUGCAAGCUUGCUGGGAUGGCUCUGAACUAAGAGGAGCAGAUUCUAAGGCCAACAAUCCGAGGGGGAGUUUGUUGGUGCAACCCUAUGGCUUGCACUCGGCUUGUCGUCCUUGUUUGUGUGUGUGCAUGCAUGGAAUGAAUUGUGAGUCUAUGUCAUUGCUAUCCAGUGCUUGUGUGUGUGUUUGAAUGGUGUAUCACAAUGUGGUUUGUGUCGGUCAAGACAUUAGCGAGUUUGUGUCGGUCAACUCGCAUGUCAAGUCGUCGUUUGUGUGUCACAUGUGUUAUUUCUAUUUUGUCGAGUGUGAAGUGUCCAUCGCGUCGCAGGUGUGUGCAGCAAGCCCCAUCAACUCAAGAAGAAUUUAUCUUGCAGAUCCAAGACCAAGAGCUCAAGAUUUCAAGCCCAAGGUACGCGGAUAAAUAUUAAAUAGUGAAAAUAGUAACGCUACUUCGUGUAGUGUUACAUUUCACUUGG